AACAACAACAACAACAACAACAACAUCAACAACAACAACAACACCAACACCAACACCAACAACAACAACAACAGACCUCAGGGCUAGCCACGUCAAGUGGCUUGUACCGACGCCAACCUACCAAUAUUCCAAAUUAUUCAUCAAAACUUGGAUCCGCAAUUUACUCUGGUAAAAAUAGAGGGACUCCAAUAAUGAGUUAUAAUAAUCUUUAUCCGUACCAUCCUCAUCCGACAACGGUCUAUGGAAAUCUUUUACCAUCGAGUCUCGAGUCUUCGCCGGCUUCGUCGACUUCGUCCACUUCUACCCCGGCAUCCACCUCUUCGACUCCUCGUGUUCCACCUCUCAUUCCUCUCGGAAGCAAUAGUGCAAGUAAUAACAGUGCUACAAAUAAUGACAUCAACCAAGUCUCCACUGCUAUGAUUUUGGACAAACAGCGAUAUUAUCAGCAGCAGCGUUGGAACAACGAUUUAGCAGAUCAACGUUUAGGUAGAUUACUCGCUGCGCCAAAUUUUGCAGAGCAGAGAAUACAGCAACAGCAGCAAAGUCAACAAAAACAGCAAGUCAAAGUCGACGUAUCGUCAGGAAUUUUUAAAACUCCAGAAAGCAAUGUCAUCUAUGCUAACAGCUCAAGGAGCAGUAUCAGCAGUACUGCUCAACCCAUGGGAUCAACAUCGUCAAGCCAUUCAUCAUUAUACUCUUCAAGCACUCAAAUUCCAACACAAAAUUCUUUGAGCCGAAACUAUGUUUCCUCAACUGUCGUCAAUUCAGCUGCGACAGAAGGAAAUAUUUCAAAUUACGAUAAACAAAGUCCAACUCCUAGUUUGAUUGAAGCUCACCGAUCAUCUUCUUUUUUUAGAUGUUUUUAUUGUAACGUUGAAGGAGCUAAAUUCGAAUGUUUAGGCUGUGAAAGCGUGGCAUACUGCAAUGAAGUAUGUCAAAAGCAGCACUGGUCGGUUCACGUUACACAGUGUCGAAAAAUAAUGCCAAAGUUAAAGAAGGUCGAUUGAAUCGCGUACGCUAUCAAAGAAAUGCUAUGCGUUUACUAGUCAAUAUUUUUUUUCCUUCAGAAAAGAACAUUCACUUGAAUAACUUAAAGAAUUGAACUAUUAUGUAAGUGUUCUUCUCUUUAUCUCUCCUUCGGAAUUUACUGUAGCAAAUUGCUGUUAAUAUUAAACAUUUCAAUAACCAUAUGUUCAACUUCAAUAGUUACUGUUUAAUAGUUAUGCUUCAUAUAACUUUUAAAACUCAAAAUAUGUAAUGGAUUCAAAUAAAAUUGCGAUUUUUUCUUGAUAAUUGAAGCUAUGAGCAAAGAAAUUGAGGAUAAUCGAUUGUCAAUAAAAAAUGAUCUCUUGCAGAUUUCUGUUACUUUUUAAUAGGCCAGAAAACAAUUGAAAUGUUUUGUUAUCUCAAUAACCUAAAUAAGAAAUUCAAAAUUAAAUCCAAAAUAGUGAUUAAAUUUUUUUGAAAUAUUAUAAUUUUGUACGAUACCAAAGUCGAUUAAUUUUGUAAUAAUAUAUCUAACGAUGCUAUCUCUGAAAGUAUUAGAUAGAUCAAUGAUAAAAGGAGCUAUACAUUCGAUUUGAAUAUAUUUUGUUGGUCGAUGUAACCAAAGUUUUGACUGAGUGUACAUUAUUUAAAAUAAGCUAUUAACUUUAGAAAAACGUUUUUAUUUUUGUACUUAAAAAAAGUAAAAAGUUUAAUAAUUCAAAAACUUUUUCAUAUUACUAUAAGUAGUUCAUUUUAGCAUUGUAUUUUUGUCAAAUAAAAUACUGCAAAUCUUAAAAGUUGACAUCAUUUCGAUGAGAUGUUAAAAAUCUAUAUCGUGAUUGAGAUAUGAGACAUUCAACUUUUACCUUGAAAGUAUGAAUAAAUGUGAUUGAUGUGUAUCCA